UACCUUUGGAUCUAAUCAAGCCAAUUCGCUGAGUUCAGGGACCUUUUUGAAGUCGAACGGUGUUUUUGUAAUGAUUAUAUUAUCAUACAUUUUUAUAGCCGGCCUGUAGGCGGCGCUGGUUGGCUUCAGAUUGACGUGGUGACGACAGAACGUUUGUCGUCAAUGUUCAAAGAACAGGAGGGAUUUAAACUGGCGGCACAACUGUAUGACUCCUCGGCGUUGCGUUUUCUAUUGAACUCAUUCUACCGCUCGCCUGCUGUGUUUAUGCUUUCGGUGCGCGGCUGGUAGCAUUAAACGUGUGAUCGUUUGAUUCUGAAAUAUAACUUUCCACGGAGUAAUAAAUAAAUAAAUAAGUAAGUAAAACAUUGACGGGGAAGCAGCAGCAGCACAGCUGUGCCCAUGACGUGCGUAGUGAUUCCGGUCGAUUAAUUCAGAUAAAUAUCGCGUAAGAAUAUUUUAUUGCGUCUCAGCCAAGUGACCUGUAAAAUCGAGGGUCGAGCUGCUGUUGGUUUAUUUGAAUUCAUUUGUGUGAUUAAACAGAUACACGGUCGAUGAAGCACCGGGAAGCAUUCGACAAUUUAGACACCUGUGUUACAAAGACAGACGCCGCCUGGAGUCGCGCAGGUGAGCUCCGAAGCACUACUUUGAUUGGACUGCAAUGCCGCGUUCGACCGAUAGAUGGUGCCAACAUACACAAAGUUACUGCAACUGCUGUGGCUGCUUGUGCAGUGUGACGAUCAGGAGUGCUUGUUAAAGAAUGAAAAACGAUCUGGAUGUAUAAAUUAUUUAAGAAAUAGGUUUAUACGUGACUAACCAUGGUGCACAUGUCGUUUGUGUGCGAGCGUGUUUUUUAAAUUAGGGUUGCUGUACCGUGUGAGCUAGCGUGUUUCGCUUUCUCUGGAAGACAUUGGUUGAGUGACACGUGUCAGCUGCAGUACUCUGGGUCACUUGCACGCAGUGUGUUCAGUCAAUCUGAGCUGAGAGGAUGCGGGCGGGACGUCGGGUCUUGUCGUGCAGAUAAGAAGACAGAACUUGUUCUGAGUGCAUUUGGGUAAUAAACGGUUAAUUAACAACCAGCCCUGCAAAACCGCACGCCGUCAUUAGAGGGUCUUACUACUGGAAUGAACGGCUGUUUCGCAAGACCACACGCCGCUGUGCUUGAAUGGAAUCGCACGCCGCAGCCUCUUUCACUGCACGGCAGGAACAUGCAUUCCAGUUAGUGCUAUCUCGUCUACACGAAGGAUUGCAUUCAGCGGUGUUCGUGGUUUACAUGGUUGCUAUGAAUUUGCUUAAUGAGCCCAUUUCGUGUACAGUGACGCGCGAGUAACUGAAUUAACGUUGCUCAACUUCCUUUUUCCCGUCAUUACAUUUCUAAGUGCUUUGCCCAGUAAGAAGAGAGACCGCCUGUUCGUUAUUUUGAAACCUCUCUGACUGGGAUCUCAACUGUGAUCAAGAACGAGCUCUGCUAUUCUAACAUAUAUACAUCCAAACUGGAGGUCAGGGGAUACUGAAUGCAGUAAAACACAUUGGAAAUACAUACAGAACUAAAUCAACCACAGCAACAGCAGUAUGAACUCAACGACCACCGUGAACAGCGCAGCAGGGGCUUUUAACCCGGCAGUCGGAGCGAACGUAGUGGAGUCGGUUCUCCGGUGCUGCAAUGUCACCGGCUCUGUCAGCACCGACGACGGGUUCGGGAUGUCGAUCCAGGAUGAGCGGAGCCUGUACAUCACGCGGGUGGUCCAGAUUGCGGUUCUGUGCGUCCUGUCGCUUACCGUGGUCUUCGGUGUCUUUUUCCUCGGGUGCAACCUCAUGAUCAAAUCGGAGAGCAUGAUCACUCUGCUGGUAAACGACAGGAGACCGUCCAAAGAAGUGGAGGAGAUUCUUAUCGGCAAUUACUGA